UGGUGGUGAGUGCGUCCGUCGGCCUACGUCGCUGCUGCUGCCGCUGCCUCGGGCACAAGACGCGAGAGGCAGCGAGACGGACACGCGAUCGAGAGACGCACGGACCCCGCAGUGGAGACGGCGCGGGCGAGGAACCGCGGGACCCGUAAAUCGAUCCGUCCGCACGGAGAGAACGCGCGUUCGAACUCGUCCAUCGAUACAUCCAUUUUUAAGGGUCCGUAGUGUCUAUCAGCAUCAUCCUUGCCGUCGUCGUUGUUACACAGAGCGCGUGCAUCUUCUCUUGCUGGAGCCGCGCGCAUUUUUUAUUUUUUUGUUAUUUUUGGAGCUCAACGCGUGCGGGAGAAGGAGUCACGGAACUCGCGACGAAGGCGAUGAGACAGAGAGGGACAACAACGACAACAACAACAACAACGACAACAACAACGACAACGUCAACUGUUUGUUUUUGUUUGGAGCAAUUAGGCAGCUCGUGGCCACGUCGCCUAAUUAGAAGACGUCACGGGCUUGGAAUUUGAAGGCAGCGAGCGCGACGGGUCCGACGCUUCAAUCCACCACCACCACCAACCCCCACCGCCGCCCAGAAUUUGGAAGAUUUUCCCACUCGAGCAAUUAGCGACCAUCCUGUAAUUAGAAGACGACAUUCCUCGCGGAAUGAUUUUCUUUUUGUUGUUGUCGAUUGUCCGUUGAAGAUCUUAGGAAGACAUCGCCGCCGUCAUCUAAGCCGACUUACUCCUGCCAAUUCGAAGUCGCUGUUUCGGCUGGUGUUGUUUUUGCGCUUCGCGCGUGAAGUUGGCAGGAUCGCGCCGUAAACACUCCCCCACCACCACCACCACCACUCCUGCAGUUCAAGGACUUCGCAUCCGCGAUCGAAAACACCUCCGUUAAUUACAGUGAAAAACGCCGCCUCUUCGACGAACAGAACUCAUCAUCAUUAAGACGCUGCUCCUUGCCACUUAGGAGUUUCCAAUUAAGGAGACGUUCUUUAGUAUUAAGACUACUACUACUAGACCCAUCGCGCUCUUUCCACAACAGGACAGCACUGGACCCGACCCUCGUGAGGAACGGGGCGAUCGAUUGAAAACUCUCCGCGGCUCCAGAGUAGGGGAGCGAAGUUGAGAGGGGUGAUUAAGUCGCGGGCCUUUGUCGUGGGGGGGGGGGGGGGGCACACAGAGACAGAAGCUGAGUUCUGCGUGGAAGGGGGGUCACGUCUCUCUCUCCCCCCCCCCCCCGCGCAUCUCGCUCCGCCAGUGUCUGAGUCGCUGAGCGGAGUAAUGAGUUGUCUCGAUGUGAUGUACCAUGCGUACGGGCCGCCGGCCCGCGCCUACCUCAGCGCAGCAUCGGCCGCCUACUCCUCGUACCCUCACGCCGCACAGAAGCUGCAGCUCUUCCCGGGCAAGAUGAACGACUUGUUCGAGGGCAUCAACGCGGGCAGCAGCGCCCCGCUCGAAGGGCAGCCCCCGCCGCCCGAGGGCAGCCGGCACGCGGCGAGAGGCGGCGGUGACCGAGCAGACCCCGAGGAAGGCGGCACAGACGAGGAGACAGCAACAACAACAACAGCUGCGACAACAACAACAACAGCAGCAGCAGCGGCUUCGUCAGCAUCGGGAGACGCGUCUCAUCAUCAUCAGCAGCAGCAGCGGCACGACAAGGAGCGAGUGCCCGCGGCGCAGUACCUCACCUCUCGCUGCCUGCUGCUCACCUACUUCCGCGGGGACAUCGCCAGCGAAGUGGACGAGCACUUCAGCCGCGCGCUCAGCCAGCAGCCCCCCGCGGCGACGGGGACGCGGGCGUCGACGCCGGGAGCCGAGCAGGCGGAGCGCGGUGAGCGGCGCGCAUGGAAAGACAGACUCCUCUCUCCCAUGACCCAGAGGAAUUUCCCUCCGUCGUUCUGGAGCAGCAGCACUUACCACCACGGCACGGCCACCGCAGCAGGCAUGACGCUGGGCGCUCACCCAGCAGACCUCGCAUUCUCCCUGGAGCCCUACCCGGGCAUGCACCACCACCCUCACCACCACCACCAUCACCACCACCACCACCACCCGCACCACCCCCACCAUCACCCGCACCACCACCCGCACCACCCGCACCACCCGCACCACCCGCACCACCACCUCGUGCAGCAGCAGCAGGAGGUGGCGGCUGCGUGGCAUUACCCGCUGUCGAGCCAAGCCGGCGCGUACUCGCGAGGGGUGUCCGACCUCUACUCGGCCGGCGCUCAUCCUUUUGACCCCGUCUACGGGCCUCUGCUGGUGCCGCCGCCGCUGCGGCCGGCGAGGCUGCCACCGUCCUUGGGUCCCGGGUGCGACCUCGGCAAAGCCUCGGAGAGCCCCGUGGGAGGCCCGUGGGGACAGGCAGGCUUCGCCGCUCACAGCCCCGUGGAGGUGGCGCAGAGUUUGAACGCGGAAGCCGCUCGACGCUACGGGCUCUGUAGCUCGUCACUCAUGAGCUGAUGGUUCGGUUGACAAGCCUCAAGGAUAGAUGGCUACUGCUGACCCCCACCCCCGCAACCUCCCCGCAACAGGGACACAGAUCCCCCGUGUAGCCUCCAUAGACUGCUGGGGCAAGUACUGUGAACAAGCGCCCAUUAAGGCCUGCACGCCGCACGAGGGGGUAGGUCUGCGUGACCGUGGACCCCCAAGUGCUGAAGUUUACACACCGCAUCAACAGACGCCCAUUUCUUCUUUUUUACUCUGAGUCGACCUAGAAGAGAACCCCCGUUUGCCCACAGCCCCGUUCAGAUAUCAAACGCCCGCUGUCGUUGGCUGUGAUUGCCGAAUCGGAAUCGGGGGGGGGGGGGAGGGCGGGGGUGGCCGCCGGGGAUUGUAACGCGGCGCGCUAACCGCUGCGCCACCGCUCCCCCAUUAAUUAAUCAAUUGAUGUCUUGUUCAAUUAAUUCAUGAAUCCGAUCGGCACGCGCACGCGGCGGGAGGGAAGGAGCCUGGCGCUCAUGAAGACCACGCGGACGCCAGGAAUGCCACAUCACCCACCCCACUAACUUUGCCCAUCUCAUGCCACGUGGACAAACGCCAGUGGAGACGUGGCUGGCGGUCAAUGAGAACAGCUUUGGGUAGCCCCAUCCGCACGCGAGCCAUAGCAGCAGCAGCAGAUGAUGAUGAUGAUGAUGACGACGACGCGGAUACUGGAUGUUGAUGAUGCACAGAUGGAAAAGAAAAAUAUCCCGGCAGCGUGGGGAGACUAUGGUUACUACCACACCCAGAACAGAACUUCGGAGCGUAGAACAUGGACUCAAUGCCCCCGAUUCACAAAUACGAAGGAGGAGGAGGCACCAUCAUCAUCGUCACCGCACCUCCGAUUAGCACGGUUGGCUACGCACGGUGUCAAAGAAGUUGAACGUACACGCAGCGGCGACGGUGAGCCCAGAUCCUGGCUCCGCAACCAUCUGGCUCAUCAACCCAGCCGGGUGUAAACUCACAGCCGUCCACUAUGGGGACCUCAUUUGCCAGUAAAAAUAUGAUAAUUGGUUCUUUACCCUUCUAUCUUUUGGCGUCAUCUGGUCCAACCCAUAUGAGACUAGGCUCGAAGGAAAGCUGUCUCGGGUGUGGACCAAUCAACUUCAGGGACAGUGCACAUUAUCAGAGUUAUGUUCUUUUGUUUGUAUUAUGACUGCAGGUAUUGCGGUCUAUGCAAACAUGACUCCUUGCAAAAAGGUGUCAGUUUUGUUGCCAGAUAGAAGGGUAAAGAACCAAUUAUCACAACCGUCCGUUUCUACUCGCAUUGCGUCGUCAACAUCAGCCUGCCACGAGGAACCGGGGACCGCGUUCGUCUUCCUCCACGUGGUGGGCAAAACGCGCCGAGCCUGGGACCGCGGUUGGACCAGCGGCGUCCGUCUCCGCAUACUCGGUGCUGCAGCUGCUGCGACAUGGGUCCCGGGACCCUGGAACGUACAUGCAGGGCAAUAUAUGGUCUGUCCGUGGGCGGGGAAGGGGGGUGGGGGGAAGGGGGGGGGUUCAGCAUUGUGGAAUAAAAAGUCUGGACUCGGAGAAACGGAUGACGCCGAGAUGAUGUGAGGUCACGUGACGCCGGGAUGAUGUGAGGUCACGUGACGGUGAGGAUGAUGUGAGGUCACGUGACGGUGGGGUGAUGUGAGGUCACGUGACGGUGAGGAUGAUGUGAGGUCACGUGACAGUGACAUGAUGUGAAGUCACGUGACGGUGGGAUGAUGUGAAGUCACGUGACGGUGGGAUGAUGUGAGGUCACGUGACGGUGAGGAUGAUGUGAGGUCACGUGACGGUGAGGAUGAUGUGAGGUCACGUGACGGUGGGGUGAUGUGAGGUCACGUGACGGUUAGGAUGAUGUGAGGUCACGUGACGGUGAGGAUGAUAUGAGGUCACGUGACGGUGAGGAUGAUGUGAGGUCACGUGACGGUGUAAUUACGUGAGGUCACGUGACGGUGGAAUUACGUGAGGUCGCGUGACGGUGGGAUGACGUGAGGUCACGUGACAGUGAGGAUGACGUGAGGUCACGUGACGGUGAUGAUUAUGUAAGGUCAGGUGACGGUAGGAUGAGAUGGUGCCCUAUAACUUCGUUAAAUGCGCGACUCUGACUCCAAGCCCCGGACUCGCUCCGUCUCACGAAGUCACGCGGCGCAGUUUUGUAAAAAAAAAAAUUUUUUAUUAUAAUGAAAUUAACAAAACACACAAAACAAGCCUGCGGUGGAAAGAGCGAACGUGUUCACGCGUAAACGCAGCGCGAGGCACGGAACGAGGACACGGUGACCGACAGCAUGAACACUUAGGGGACUGCUGCACUUGGAACGUGCCAGACCCACCACGAACCACGACGAGGGGGAUCCGAGCACUCACGGAUCUCCCCUUGGGUGAUUUCUGACGCGUGAUUGGGCGCCGCGGUGGCGAGAUGUUAACUACCUCGCCUUGGUAUACAGGAGGUCGUGGGUUCGAUUCUGACCCUGACGGCUGCUGCUGUAUAUUUGGAGUUUGCGUGUCUCUCUCUCUCUCCGUGGUCGCUUGGAUUUUUUUUUCUCCGGGUCCUCCGGUGUUUCCCUCCACAUUUGGAAUCAACACCACGCGUUUAGAGUAUAUUUGGCUGCUAGACAUUUCCACGUGAUCAGCCACUCCGUUGAGCUAUCAUCUGUGGCCAGGUCGCUUCUGCAAACGAAACGUGUCGUUCACCGGGACUUAUCUGGUAGAAUAAAAUAAAAAAUAUCGGAAUGUCCAACGUGCACGUACUCACUUCGCUGUAGCUUCUUGCAGGAACUGAAUUUGGAUGGAGGCAAAACCGUCGGACAUCGUGCCGAACAACACACAGUAAACGAGAGAGUUCGUACAGCUAGCCGCAAACACCUCCACAAGCUGGUUCUGUCCGACUGGACAUCUGUGAAAAAAGAGCUUUAUAGCUCAUCGGAUUCCUCCUCCAGUAUAAAUAAAUACUCUGAUUCUGAAACAACCGAAGCUAUACGUGAACGCUCUUGCGAUUAUGUAAUUCUGAUCUCCGACUUUUUUGUGCCUGCAAAGGCACUCACGCACAAAGACACACACAGACGCUUACACACAAUCACUCACACACAGACACACGCACACGCUUACACACAGACACUCACACACGAUUACACACGCUUACACACAGACACACGCAGACGCUUACACACAAUCACUCACACACAGACACUCACGCACGUUUACACACAAUCACUCGCAAGCAAAGACAAAGAUCCCCCGUAUAGCCUUAACAGGGGCAAGUGCUGUUAGCGAGCACCUAUGAAGCCCGGCACAGCACACGAGGGGGUGGGUGAUCGGCACCACGGGCGUUCGCCUUUGUUUCCCCAGUGGCGAUGUUUACACACCGCACCAGGCACUCAUUUGAGGUUGAGUCGACCUAGGGGAGGUCCAGGACCGGUUCAGAUAAUCGUCACUGGUGUUGACCGUGAGCGGGUAAUCGAUCCCGGGUCGUAGCGCAGCGCACAAACCGCGACACCACCGCUCCCAUGAACAAACACAGACCCAUCUUCUUGGUUCUUUCGGUAAAGUCACGUAGAAGGGAAGUAAUAAAAUAAUAAAAAUAAAACAUAAUAAAAUAAUUCUCACGACGUUUCGGCCACAACGCAAGCAGCCGUCCUCAGGUGAAGACCAGGUCUGUCAGACGCUCUCCCCUCGUGGAGUGUAGAGCACAGAGACUCAAUGCUCCGCCGAUUCAUAAAAUACGGAAGCAUCAUCAUCAUCGUCACAGCGACAAUGAUGCCACCACUCCCGCUACUGCUGACUCAGCGAUCAGCUGCCUAAUCAACCACGCCGACGUAGAACGCGACAGCUGUCGAAACCUCCAUCGGCAUCAGCAGCCGUAACGUCGAAGGCGACAAUCAGCCACGCUCACAACCACGUGUUGUUCAUUUACGCGCGCGUCGCCCGCGGUCUCUGCAACGCUUCGCGCGCGCGUGACCGGUGUAGCAUGUGUCUUUGUUUGCAUUGUCCGAAUGAUCUGAGCAACGCCGGGUUAUUGUCUCGUCGCAAGAAUCUCUCUGCCCGUCGAGACAUUGAAGAUGAUGGAGGGGACGAGAGACAAACGCGUGCGGUGCGGGCCUGUGCACAGAGGGAGCCACGUGAGAGCACGUGGUAUCAAAUGUAAUAAAUGAUGAUGGUGAUGAUGAUAAAUGAUGAUGAUAACACUGCUGCCAUGUUUGUGGGGAAGGGUGGGAGCGGGGAGAGGGUGGAGGCGGGGAGUGAUUUUUUUUUGUAUAAAAGAGGAAAAAUAAAAAAAAUCCAGGUGGUUUGAAUAAAACAUCUGAGGGUUUGAUGUUGAUUAUUGUUGUUAGUUUGUGUGAUUUCUUUUCGUGACAAAUGUAAGUGGGUAUUCUGCGGACGAUUUGCAAGAUCGGAGGACAAUUUUGUGCGCCAACUCUGUUUCAUGCGAGCCCGCUGAUCGAGUCCACGUGUUGGCAGACGAAUUCUAUUUUUUGUUGUUUAUUGUAUGCACGCAUUGUAAUACCUUCCCGUUUACCAGCCAGGCAUAUCACUAUCUGUCAUACGCCUGGGAUUAACACUGCCGAAGAACACAGUGUGUAUAUGUACCAUAUCAUACGCCGACGUUUCAUUCAUCGCAUUGGCCAAACAUGUCGGUGGAGCAGGACCCUCCUGAAAAAGCGUAUCCUGAGACUCGGUGUGAAAAGAUCCACCUCCCGUUCACAACCCCGCAGAGCCAGUGAUGGGCAUUCCACAUUCAUACGGCGGGAGCGAGUCUAUACUCUGUAGGACAACCACUCUUCGCUUCCCAACAAAGCGGUAACAAAUUUAACGACCCCGGACGGGAUGAUGAUCUAAGUCAACCGUCCACUC